AUUAAGAAAAUGAACCAAAGAAUAAAAUCUAAUACAUGUUCUUAUGAUGAAGAUAAAAAGCUCCCCUCCCUCAGAGGUUUCUUACUGACUCUGAAAGAGCACAUAUUGUUGAACAAUUCUGGUUACCUGUUGUGUAAUUUUAGUUCCCGUGUGUUUCUGUUCUAUCUAUGUUUACUCUGCUGCUGCUGUCGUUUAGUUUAUUGUUUAGCUUGUCAGGAACCAUGUAGAACAUACAUUCAUCUCACUUAAUGACAGGAGAUGCACUGCACCAGAUUAAGCUGAUUAGUUAGAUUCCAUCUACAGUCAGUGGGCAGGUUACCCAUCUUUUCCUUUUCAGUUUUAACCACUUCCUGUAUACAGACUGAUCAGACUUCAACUCUCCCACAACAUCCAGAAACAUGACAGACCUUGAAAGAAUCGGAGAUCUCCCAUCCUUUAAUCUGUCCUCAGCAUCUGACCAGAUGAACACCAGCAGCUCAUCUCUCUGCGAUCAAGUCGACAACUCGGCACAUAUUUUCUACAUGCUGGUGUACAGUCUGGUGUUUCUGGUGGGUUUAGUCCUCAACGGAUUCACCCUGAAGGUUUACUUCUUCAGCGCUCACCAGCAGGUGUCCAGCAGCAUGACCAUCUACCUGAAGAACCUGGUAGCUGCAGACUUCCUGAUGAGCCUCAGCCUCCCCAUCAGAAUCGGCCAUUUUGCAAGCCGCUCUAUCACCGUGUUCAGGGUCUACUGCAACUUUGGCGCCAAUGCCUUCUACCUGAACAUGUACGCCAGCAUCCUGUUCAUGGGUUACAUCGCAGCAAACAGGUAUCUAAAGAUCGUCCAUCCUUUAGGGAAUCACAUCCUUCAGACAGUGCGAGCCGCCCACAUCAUCUCUGCGGUAACCUGGGUUUUCCUCUUGGCCAUAAUGACCACCUACAUCACCCAGUCGCUCCUCACUGAAGAAUCACUGCCAUCUUUCCCAAAUACCCUGAGCUGUGACGCUCUGCACAGUGAACAACUCAGCCUCUUAUACAAAGUCAUCCACACCUUGUCUGCGGCCAUCUUCAUCAUCGUCCUCGUCUCCCUCAUCUUCUUCUACCACGGCACCUCCCGCAGGCUGUCAGAAGCACAGCAGAGACAGCAAGCGUCCUCCGGAUCCAAGAAGCUCGCCAAGUCCCGCAGGAACAUGUUGGUGCUGGUCAGCGUCUUCUGCGUCUGCUUCGUCCCGUACCACCUGGUCCGCCUGCUGUACACUUUCCUGAUGAGGCACUGCUCAUGGGGGCAGGCCUUCUUCUACCUGAAGGAGCUGACCGUCAUGGUGUCUAUCUUCAACGUCUGCCUGGACCCGCUCAUCUAUUUCAUCUUCUGUAAAGCCUUCAGGGCCCAGCUGAGGAGAAGUGUUCGGGGACGUACACAGAGGGCUGGCUAAAAGAAGGAGCAACAAAAGUUGGAUGAGAACCUCUUUAACCAGCAAAAUAUGACAGAGAGGUUGUUGUCUUGUUGAACAGACAUUGUGUUCACUGACAUCAGUAAAUUUAACAUUUUCUUUCAGUAUAGGUUUUAAUGUGUUCAGACCAUGUUAGCAGGAUGGUAUUUUUGUCUGCAGGUCGUGCUGCUCGUUGCAACUCCACUACGGUCCUCAGGACACAAUAAAGGAACACCAGCCGGUAUCCUUCCUUCCAAGCCAAAUCCAGAAACACCCUUCCCUUAACUCCUCAGCCAGUUCCUUACAAUAUUUUUAACAUUUUGCCUUUAUUUGACGGGAGAACUGUAGAGUAUCAGGAAAACCUUGGGAAGGAACAGCAGGGAGGGCAUGUGGCAGAGAGUCGAGGGAAGCGUGAAGUGAUUACUUCACAGGUUAUGCACUGAGGACUCAGACACUUGGACACACACUCAACCCAGCUCCACCUCAGCCAGUUUCUUGAGUGCCUACCGCUUUUAUGAUCUUGUGACUUGGAGCUAUUUGUUUUGCACCAAUUGUUUUUCACUAAAACAUCAAAUCAAAUUCCUUGUAUGUUAUUGUACUUGGCAAUAAAUUCCAAUUCUGAUU